AUAUGAUCUUCCAUAUUUUACACCUUCAUGUAAUUUCACUCCUUUUCUCUUCUUCCUCUUCCCAAAAAAUAAAAAAACACACUUUCUCAUCAGUCCUUUUUUUAUCUCUGUGAUUUUGCAGCAAAAAUAGAAACAUAUCACAGAGAAUCAAACAUUUAUCCUUUUAGUCAGUAGCACAGUGCAGUUAAAUAACGGUUUUCUUUCAUCUUCUUCCUCAUCUUACACAUUUAGCCAUUCUUGAUUCUUCUCUCAACUUUUUGCAAAAAUGAUCACUUGGCACGAUCUAUAUACUGUUUUAACAGCAGUUGUUCCUCUCUAUGUUGCUAUGAUCUUGGCUUAUGGUUCAGUUCGUUGGUGGAAAAUCUUUUCACCUGAUCAAUGUUCUGGUAUCAACAGAUUUGUGGCUAUUUUUGCAGUUCCUUUACUAUCCUUUCACUUUAUAGCCAUGAACAACCCUUAUGAAAUGAACUUCCGUUUCAUUGCUGCUGAUUCACUACAAAAAGUUAUUAUGCUUGUAGUUCUUUCUUUAUGGGCUAAUUUAACAAAAAAUGGUAGCCUUGAAUGGAGUAUUACAAUUUUUUCACUUUCAACACUACCCAACACUUUAGUUAUGGGUAUCCCUUUGUUAAUUGCUAUGUAUGGUGAGUACUCUGGUAGUCUCAUGGUACAAGUAGUUGUGUUACAAUGUAUAAUAUGGUACACACUUUUGCUUUUCUUGUUCGAAUAUCGUGGGGCUAAGAUGCUUAUUAUGGAACAGUUCCCUGAAACUGCUGCAUCAAUUGUUUCGUUUAAGGUUGAAUCCGAUGUUGUCUCUCUUGAUGGUCAUGAUUAUCUAGAAACUGAUGCAGAAAUUGGACAAGAUGGUAAACUACAUGUUACUGUAAGGAAAUCAAAUGCGUCCCGAAGGUCAUUUGCUAUGGAUCAUCGACCCUCGAAUCUCACUGGAGCAGAGAUUUAUAGUUUAAGUUCAUCGAGAAAUCCGACCCCGAGAGGGUCUAAUUUUAAUCACAAUGAUUUUUACUCUAUGAUGGGUUUUCCUGGAGGAAGAUUAUCCAAUUUCGGCCCUGCAGACAUGUACUCUGUACAGUCUUCUCGGGGUCCGACCCCUAGACCGUCUAAUUUCGAGGAGAACUGUGCUCCUGGGGGAGCUGUGAACGUUCAGAGCUCCCCGAGGUUUGGGUACUUCCCGGCGCAGCAGCCUGCCGCGCCGGGAUCUUAUCCUGCCCCGAAUCCCGAAAUUGCUUCUACAGUGCCGAAAAGUACAAAACCGAAUGUACAAGCAGUAAAGCAGGACGUACAACAGCAGCAGCAGCAGCCGAAUGCUAAAGGCAAUAAUCAUGAUGCGAAGGAGCUUCAUAUGUUUGUAUGGAGCUCGAGUAAUUCUCCGGUAUCGGAAUCCGGUGGACUCCACGUGUACAGUGGCAAUGAUUUCAGUGCUAAUGAACAAUCGGGUCGGUCCGAUGGUGCCAAAGAAAUUAGGAUGUUGGUUUCUGAUCAUCCUCAAAAUGGGGAUACUAAAGCCAUUCCGCAAACAGGGGAAUUUGGUGGGGAUGAGUUCACUUUCGGAGGUGCCAAUGGUGAUGGAAAGGAUGUGGAUGAAGAAAAAGGAGAAAAACAGGGUCCCACUGGACUGACUAAACUGGGGUCCAGCUCCACAUCGGAGCUGCACCCCAAACUAGCCGGAGGUCAAGAUCCCCGUAUGGGAAAACAGAUGCCUCCGGCGAGUGUUAUGACCCGUUUGAUCUUGAUUAUGGUUUGGCGUAAGCUUAUCCGUAACCCGAACACGUAUUCGAGCCUCAUUGGUCUGAUUUGGUCCUUAAUCUCGUUCAGGUGGCAUGUGCAUAUGCCCAAAAUCUUAGAGAAGUCAAUCUCCAUUCUCUCUGAUGCUGGCCUUGGAAUGGCUAUGUUUAGCUUAGGUCUGUUUAUGGCUCUUCAACCAAAGAUCAUUGCAUGUGGAAAUACAGUGGCUACAUUUGCAAUGGCAGUGAGGUUUCUGACUGGCCCAGCAGUUAUGGCUGCUGCUUCAAUUGCUGUUGGUCUUCGUGGUACCCUUCUUCAUGUAGCCAUUGUACAGGCUGCAUUGCCACAAGGGAUUGUCCCAUUUGUGUUUGCUAAGGAGUACAACGUUCAUCCAGCUAUUCUUAGCACUGCGGUUAUUUUCGGGAUGUUGAUAGCUCUGCCAAUCACAUUAGUGUACUACAUCGUCCUUGGACUAUAAGAAGAUGUCAAGUGAAGAGAAAGAAAAUGAAGAUAGCUAGGACCAAAAAUGGAGAAAAUCAAAAUAUUUCACUUGUUGCGGAGUUUGCAUUAAGUUUAGUAGGAAUUCAUGGGAUGAGAAUUAAGAUUAUCCAUUAAAAUUCCGAGAUACUUGGAGCACAGGACAAGAGAUUUGACUUAAAUUAGUGUGAAGAAAACUCUUAAAUUAGUGUGAAGAAAACACAUCCAAAUGUGCAAAACUUAGAGGAGCAAAAUUGGUCUAGUAGAAAAAAGAGGAGACAAGGAGCAGCAAAACAUGGGAGCAAAAUGAAUUAAUGAUUAUAUAGCCUCUUUGCUUCCCAUAAUCAUUACGCGUGUGAAGUAUCAAUUUGAGAAACAAAUUGUAGAAAUUCAGAUUGAUUUUGACUUUUGAAUGGUAGAUUGUACUUUUUAGUUCCAACUUUUUUUGCCCUUUUUGCUUAAUUAACCACUCGUGUGUAUUUAUUUACUCAGGGUUAUUGUAAUAGUUUGGUUUGCUAGUUGUUUACUUCCAUUGUAAUUACUUUAGAUUUUUAAAUAUUAUGGUCAAAAAGAUUUCAUGUA